AUGUCAACAGUUUCAAACACAGUGGAUAGAGUUCUUGGUGGAUUAUAUAUCGGAUCAUACUUAGCAUUAGAUACGUUAGGUGAUUCUCAACUGAAAGAAAACCAUAUUUCUCAUAUAAUAUCGGUAUUUCAAGGUGAAUUACCAGAAAAAUAUCAAUCAGAUUUUACAACAAAGAGUAUUCCAAUAGAUGAUGACGAAUUCACAAACAUAAUACAAUAUUUUGAUGAAACAAAUCAAUUUUUAAACCAUGCUUUAUUCCCAGAUGAAGGUGAUUCUAUACAACGAGGUAUUAAAAAAGCUCAUAAAACUUGUGCUUUAAUAAUGUGUCAAGCCGGAGUUUCAAGAUCAUCAACUAUAUUAGCUGCUUAUUUGAUGAAGAAGUAUAAUUUGAAUCCAGAUCAAGCUAUUCAUGCUAUAAAGAGGAAAAGAUCGAUUGUACAACCAAAUGAAAAUUUUAAAGAACAAUUAGAUCUUUAUUAUGAAUUAGAUUGUGAAUUAGAUCAAACAAGUCCAAUUUAUAGACAAUGGGAAUUACAACAUUCUUUGAAAUCAGAUCCAACAGGUCAAUCAAUCCUUUCCAAAGAUUCAACUUUUGUGGAAGAAGAUGAAUCAACUGCACAAUUAAAAACAGAUCAAGAUUUAAAACAAUUAAGAUGUAAACGUUGCAGACAAAAAUUAGCAUUAUCAACAUCAUUCGUUGAUCAUAUACCACCAUCUGAAGAUUCUAAACAAGCACAAUUUGUUAGAAAAGCUCCAAAUUUAAGAAGAAUAAUCAGUGCUCAAGCUGCAUCAAAUACUUGUUCACAUUAUUUUGUUGAACCUUUAAAUUGGAUGAAAGAGGAAUUACAAGGUAAACAAGAAUUAGAAGGGAAAUUCCAAUGUCCAAAAUGUGAAACUAAAGUUGGUGGUUAUAGCUGGAAAGGAUCUAGAUGUAGUUGUGGGAAAUGGAUGGUUCCUGCAAUUCAUUUACAAAGAGCUAAAGUUGAUGAAAUUAAACUUAAAUAA